GCUUCUCGUGCAUCGUCUUCCUAGAAUGACAUAUCUGACAUUACCUGUGUCUAUUGAACUUAUGGCUUCAUGGAUUCUUUGCUCAACUCAGAACUUCGAAGAGUAGUGAUUUCAAUUUGGUAAUUGAAUGUCUCCACAUUUAUGGUCUGUCUAGAGUCGUGAAAGGAAAGGCGCGUCGUCGCGAUGACGUCGCCAUUUUACCGAGGAUCGUGGAUCGUCAUUGAAAGCUCCCACCUAGCUUCAAAACCACAAGUACCUGCAUAUUAAACACCAUCUUCGCUCCAACCCCGUGUACUCGUUUCAAGCCAUCCAAAAAGUCUUCGGCUAUACACAAGCUUCGAGUAACUUCCCCAGCCUAUUCUCCGAACACACACUUCACAACCUCACGAUGUUUACUCACACCCUUCGCCCGGCGCGCCGCUUCGCCAACAGCGCCUCAACUCUGCCAAAAUUACCCAAGCGUGCAAUCUCCUACACGCCUCAAUUCCGCCUUAAAGAAGACGGCAACCGCUCACCAGAGGAAAUCGAAUCAGAAAAGCAAAGCCAGCUGCGCAAACAGAAGGAAGGAAAGGGCGAAUGGCAUGAGUCGCUCGCUAGCAGUAGCGAGGCUGGUGUUAAGGCCGAUCAAGAGAAAGUACAGGAUCAUGGCAAGCAUAUGAAGAAGCUGCAGGAGGAGACAGCGGCUAAGAGUCAGGGAAAGUCAUAAUCCUGGACAUUGGGGAAAAGUGAAUCUGUUAGAACUGAUUAUAUGAUUCA